AUGGCUUCCUGCAGCAGUCUCCAGUCUGAAGAUCAGUUCCUCUGUUCUAUAUGUCUGGAUGUGUUCACUGAUCCUGUCUCUAUUCCAUGUGGACACAACUUCUGCAAGGCCUGUAUCACCAAGUACUGGGACAACAGUGACCUGUGUCAAUGUCCCAUGUGCAAGGAGAAAUUCUAUAGGAGACGCAAGGCAGUGAAAAAUAAACCCAACAGCCAAUACCUACGACCAGCCAGAUCUGGAGAAGUGUCAUGUGACAUCUGUACUGGUACCAAGCUCAAGGCCCUGAAGUCCUGUUUGGUGUGUCUGGCCUCUUACUGUGAGACUCACCUGGAGCCUCAUCAGAGAGUUGCAGCCUUGAAGAAACACAAGUUGAUCGACCCUGUGGAGAACCUGGAGGGCAGGAUGUGUCAGAAGCAUGAGAGACCCCUGGAGCUGUUCUGUAGGACUGACCAGAUGUGUGUUUGUCUCAUGUGCACGAGAACAGACCAUAAGACCCAUGACACUGUCACUUUAGAGGAAGAGUACAGACCAAAAAAGAAUGAUCUGGGGAAGAUGAUGGCUGAGAUGAAGCAGAUGACGGAAGAAAGAUCUAAGAAGGUUCAGGGGGUCAAACUCUCAGUAGAGACCAGCAAGAGAGAUGCAGAGAGAGAGAUAUCAGACAGUGUUGAGGUCUUCACUUCUCUGGUGCGCUCCAUUGAGAGAAGCCAGGCUGAGCUCAUUGAGGUGAUGGAGGAGAAGCAGAAAGCAGCAGAGAAACAGGCUGAAGGGUUGAUUCAAGAUCUGGAGCAGGAGAUCACUGAGCUGAAGAGGAGAAGCACUGAGCUGGAGCAGCUCUCACACACUGAGGACCACCUCCACCUGCUGCAGAGCUUCCCAUCCCUGAGCACCCCUGCACACACCAAGGACUGGUCUGAGAUCAGUGUCCACAGUGGUCUGAGUGUGGGGGCAGUGAGGAGAGCUGUGUCUCAGCUGCAGGAGACACUCAAUGAAGAGAUGGAGAAGUUGUCUGACACUGAACUGAAGAGGAUUCAGCAGUAUGCAGUGGAUGUGACUCUGGACCCUGAUACAGCACAUCCCAAAAUCAUCCUGUCUGAGGAUGGGAAACAAGUGAGAUAUGGAGACAUAAGGCAGGAUCUGCCUGACAACCCAGAGAGGUUUGAUCAUUGUGUCAAUGUCCUGGGAAAGCAGGGCUUCUCCUCAGGGAGGUUCUACUAUGAGGUGCAGGUUGAGGGGAAGACUGAGUGGACAGUGGGAGUGGUCAGAGAGUCCAUCAACAGGAAGGGGAAUGUGAAACUGAGGCCUAACAAUGGAUACUGGACUAUAUGUCUGAGGAGUGGAGAUGAGUACUGGGGUCUGCCUGGCCCCCCUGUCCUCCUCUCCCUGAGACAGAAGCCCCAGAAUGUGGGAGUGUUUGUGGACUAUGAGGAGGGUCUGGUCUCCUUUUAUGAUGUGGAGGCCAGGUCUCAUAUCUACUCUUUCACUGGCUGCACCUUCACUGAGAAACUCUAUCCACUCUUCAGUCCCUGUCUGAAUGAUGGAGGUGAAAACUCUGCCCCUCUGAUCAUCACUCCUGUCACACAGUGACAAAUCAAGAUGUGGAAAUGCUGGAGUUCAAAAGAAAAUGUGAUUACAAAAUAUGAAUCUACACAAAAUUGUUGUGAGUAUGCUGGAGACAAAGUCAUUUAGAUUUUCAAACAUUUAUAACAAAUCUUUAUAGAGGGGCAGUGCUCCCCUGGUGGCUCACAAGGUAGAGCAUGAACCUCAGACUGAGGCCUUGACUCGGGGUUCGAGUCCAGCCUGGGUCAUUUCCUGCUUUUCUCUCUUUCUUACUACCUGUCCUGUCAAUCUUUCACAGUCUGUAUCAAAUAAAGGCAUAAAUGGCAAUGAGAUGUCACGUAAAUGUACCAGUGAACAAAUGAAAUAAAAUGACCUAAAAUGCAAUAAAUGCAUAUAAAACCUUAUUCAAUCCUUUAAAAAAAACAAUUUUGUACACUACCACAAUCAGUGAAAAGCACAAAUCACCUUUGAGAAUGUCUGUUUAGUUUAGAGAACCUCCAACAUGAUGCCUGUAUUCAGGGACGAUAUACAACACACAGUUGUAUUUCAGGUUCACACUGGUUCUGUUCAAGUGUGAAAUGCUCUUAAGAGCAUAAGAUCUUGCUUAAUCUCACUGCUUCAGUCAGUGUUUUUACGUUUUUUAGGGUAAUCCAUAUAUUUAACAUAAGAAACACACUCAACAGGUCAGAUAUGAAUAUCUAGUUGACAGCAUUAUGACCAGCUGUAACUGAUCUGAGACCAGCAUUAAGCCCAGCUGUAACUGAUUUUUGACCAGCAUUAAGAUCAACUGUAACUGAUCUGAGACCAGCAUUAACACCAGCUGUAACUGAUCUGAGACCAGCAUUAACACUAUAUGUAACUGAUCUGAGACCAGCAUUUACACCAGCUGUAACUGAUCUGAGACCAGCAUUAACACCAUAUGUAACUGAUCUGAGACCAGCAUUUACACCAGCUGUAACUGAUCUGAGACCAGCAUUAAAUAAAAACACAAACUAACGUUUAAUAACUUUACUUUUAACCUGAUCUAAAUACACACCAUAUUCUAAGU